CGACCGCUGUCGAUGAAGCACGGCGAUGGCGACGACCGGUCCUACGCUUUGUCGAGGUUGGAUGUUGCCGGUGACCGUUGUCACGGCUCGGUCGCAAUGUGGCGACCGUUGUCACGGUCGUGCAUGGCGGUUUGUUUCGGCAGAAGCGGCUGCUGCUGCUGCUGCCGGGUGGUGGUCACGUGCCGGUCACCGACCGGUCACGUCGGGCGGAGGCCAAGCCAGCCAAUCAGUAGCCAUGGUGACGGCUUCGACGCACACGUGUGCAAAGCAGCUUUUGCAACGUGGAGGUGGAGAUGCCACGUGUUCCUUGGUGGUGCUCAAUAACUUCGCCGUUGCGUGGACGGAGACGCGACGCCUGAGCCGUAACCGAUCAGCAGCAGGAUGGGCGAGGAGGAGUGGCGGCGCCUUGAAUUUGAAUUUGAAUUUGAAUUUGAAUGUGCUCGGCGGCAGCUUGCCGCCCGUCUUUGGGCAGCGGUGCAAAUGCGCGGCGGCGGCGGCGGCGCAUUCGCGCAGCGGUAGGUUGGAGAGAGGACACCCGCUGGGGCAUUAUGAGGCUUGCUCUUCUUGCGCUUCUUGCUCUUCUUUCGGGAGCCGACAGAUCGGAAGCCAUUUACAGGUCAACGGUUACGACGUUGACUUGUCAGGAGUCAACUGUAAUCAACAGGCUUUUUCUUCUUCCAGAGAGAAUAUGCGGUGGCGGUUCGGUCAUCAGUUAGGACGGCGCGGCGGCGGCCGGUGUCACUUUGCAGAGGCGAUGGCUAUGGGGGCGCGAUGUGCGACGCGACGCCGUCGUGGUUUGUGUUGUGACAAUUCGGUCGCCGGCGCUCGUGGGUGGUCGCCUACCAGCCAGGGGCUCACACGACGACCAUUGGGAACGCCGACACCAGUUUGUGAGUGUUGUGAUGUGCGCAUCUUGAACAGUGAUGAAUUGGGCGAAGGGAAAAUCUAUGGGAACGGGAAUGGUGAUGAAGGGAGGCGAUGGCAAGAGUGUCAGCGACGGGUACGAAGGAGGCGAUGGCGGACGAGCACUACUGCGAGGGUGAAGAUAGGUCGUCGUUCAAAUCCGCGACCAUGCAGGGGAAUAGGCGUAGGAGGAGGAGGAGGAGGAGGAGGAGGAGGAGGAGAAGGAGAAGGGACUGCCGCUCUCGGCGAUAGGUAUAUUGACACCAUCAGGGCACGGAUGCAUAGAGUACACGCGGGCAAAAGUGUGGGUGUAUUUGAGAAUCGUUCCAUGGCCGGCUAUCACAGACGGUGGAGGGCAGCAGGAGCGAGCUUAGAGCGGCGGCGAUGGCGAGAUUGGGUAGGUAAUAUUUGGAGAUGGGAGAUUUCGCCGGGAGUCAGGAACGCACCAGGGCAACAGGCGCAGACACAGAUCCGGUGUCUUCCUCGGCCUUCUGACAGCAGCGGAUUUGAGGAGGCAGUGCCAGUCAGAGGGGAAGGAGGAGGAGGAGAAGGAGGAGGAGGGGGAGGAGCAGGAGGAGAGGAGGGUGAUGCGGGCAAUGCAGUGCAGGGAUGGGGUGAUGCUGCUGCCGAUAAGGACCAGGCGUCGUUUAACCUCUCCUCCUCUACCUCCUCCUCCGCCUCCUCCUCCUCCUUCUCCCACUCCUCCUUCUCCCCGCCCUCCUUCUCCCCGUCCUCCUUCUCCCCGUCCUCCUUCUCCCCGUCCUCCUCUUCUUCCUCCCAUUCGUCAGAUUCUUACCGCAACGGAAAAGAGGAAGAAGAUCUUGAGGGAUGGGAUUGUAAUGAUGUGAAGAAGGCGAAGUCGAUGGAGGUCUCGAGUGCAUCUUCGGCGUCUUCUUCGGGUUCUGAUGAUGGUUAUGAGAGGGAGCAGGAAGUUGAGGAUGAGGAGGAGAAGCGAUUGGGUAAACACCUUGAUGAUGCGGAAAAAAGGAGGCAAUCAUCGGAGAUGGGGAGCGCAUUGCCGCCGCCGUCGCCUUUCAGUGCUUUCGCCGAUGUCUGGCGAGAGCAAGCGGAAGCGGACGGCGGAGCCGCGGAAGAGGAGACGGACAGGGAGAAGAGAGGUGAUAGUGACAACGAGGGACUCCUAAGUGGGUGGGAUGGCUUAUUCCCUCCACCAGAUCUUCUGCGGGUCGGAGGAGGAGGAGGAGGAGGCCGAUCAGCCGUGAAGGCGGCAGCGGACGCAGUAGCAGGUGAAGAAGAGAAUCAGUUUGUCAUUCCCAUCCUGCCACUGGGCAAAGUUAAGUUCCCUACGGAGCCGAUUCCCUUGCAAUUAUUUGAGCCACGUUAUCGGUUCAUGUUUAAAAUGAUUAAUCUGUCCAAAUCCAAACGAUUCGGUGUGGUAUGGGCCGACCGGUCGUCCGCUACGAUGGAAUCGGUCGGCGUGUUGUGCCAUCUGACCCAGUUCUAUCGUGUCCCUCAAAACGGGAGGAUCUUGGUCAACGCCUUGGCAGUUUGUCGGUUUCGGGUUAAGGCGGUAAUCUUCGACAAACCGUUCAUUACUGCUGAGGUGGUCCCCACCUAUGACACGGACGGUGAUGGAUUGGCUGAGAUGGCGGAGACAGCGGUGGUAGAGAGGAGGGUGUGGCAGUGUAUGCAAGAUGUGAGGCGUUUAGCGGGAAAACUGUACGGACAUUUGGGGUCGUUAGCGCGGGAAGAGGUGUUCAGCCAAGAAGUGCUGACGUGGCGACCGGCGACGGAGGAAGACGAAGAUGAUGGUGAGAGUUUGGGGAAGGAGGGAGAGAGAGAGAGAGAGAUAGAAGGAGGGGGAUGGAGGAGGAGGAGCAAGAGGGUGAUGGAUCAUGAAGGACGGUGGGUGAAUGAGCGAAGAAGGAGCGAAUGGUUCUCGUUCGCCGUCGCCAGGAGUUUGAUAGAUAUACCUCUGGACCAACAACAAUCGUUGCUGGAUAUGACUAGCACUAGAGAUCGGCUCCGUGCCUGCGAGGAAGUGCUAUCGGACGGCUGCAAGUAUCUCGCUGCCAGAUCAUCGUUGAUGGACAUCUUUAGUCGAUAAUAAUCACGAAAAAAUCGGAAAAACACUUAAAAAAAAAGUAAAAAUAAAUAAAUUAAUUAAUACAAG